AAAUGAUUGAAGAAAGAAUGGUAAAAUGUGAAAAAUAAUUUUCGACGAUUUUAGAAUAAUCUCAUCAUAUUUAAAAACACAAUCCUUAACCAAAAUAAACUAAAAGAGGAGGUGGCUACUUGAAAAAGGAAGAAGUAAAAAGUGAAUAGGCACAAUUUCUUACAGCUUAAAAAAAAAAAUCCCUCCAAUUAAGAACUUCCAAAUGUUCAUAAUAGGAUCUUAAAAAAGGAGGAUAAUUUGGAAAGAAUUAACCAGAAAAAAUAUUGUCUCACACUGGACACACUUUAAAUGAGGCAAAAUUUUUGAUUUCAUGGAAAUAGUUUGGAAGUACUAAACCAUCAGAUUCAUAUCAUCCGUAUUCUUUAAUUGUAUAACACAAUCCAGAAAUAUUAUUAAACUAUUUUGAAGAAAAUGAUUAAUAUAUAAUUAUCGAAUGA